UCUAACUCCUCCUCCCCUCCUUCCUCUUUCCUCCUCUCUCUCCUCCCCUCCUUCCUCCUCUCCUCUCACUUCUCUCCAGCUCUUCGCGUCUCCGGCUGCUGUUUGAACCCCAGUCUCCGAGCAAAGCCGAGUGGCGCCUAGCAGCAGCGGCCUGAUGGAGUGUUGGGACUCCGCUGUUUCUUCCCUGAGCUGGACUCUGAUCAUCGGGGGCUUGGUCUUCGUGCUGCACCAGAGGCGGAACCCAACGCCGUACGGCCGCUACACGCCGGCCGAGAAUCGCUGCUGUCCGGCCAGAGUGGCCUGGUUCCUGCAGGAGGUCCCGGCCUUCCUGGUGCCGCUGCUACUGCUGCUCCUCACCGAGGCUCCGGGGAGCGGCGGCCCCGGGACCGUGAGGACGCUGCUGCUCUGCUGCUUCAUGCUGCACUACUUCCACAGGAGUUUUAUCUACAGCUUCUUGACGAGAGGACGACCCGUCCCGCUGUCCAUCGUCCUCUACGCCGCCAUCUUCUGCUCGCUCAACGGCUUCCUGCAGGGACACCACCUGCUGCACUGUGCCCAGUUUGAAGACACCUGGCUGAUGUACGCUCGCCUGGUUACAGGCAUUGUUGUGUUCGUGGUCGGACUCAUCAUCAACAUCCACAGCGACGCCGUCCUGCGCAGCCUGAGAAAACCCGGAGAGACCGUCUACAGGAUCCCCCACGGGGGAAUGUUUGAGUUUGUGUCUGGCGCUAACUUCUUCGGGGAGAUAGUGGAGUGGUGUGGUUUAGCCAUAGCCACCUGGUCUUUACCCACCUUCGCCUUCGCUCUUUUCACCGUCUGCUCCAUCGGGCCCAGAGGCUGCCAGCACCACAGAGACUACCAGCAGAGGUUUGAGGACUACCCUCGCUCCAGGAAAGCUGUCAUUCCUUUCAUACUGUGAGGAGGGAGGAGGAACUAAUCAAAUCCAGCUCCAGACUUGUGAACACGGCAGCUCAAAUAUACUGAUGAGACCAGAGGAUGUUUUCUUUUUAGUUGAGUGUUUCUUUUAUCAGCCAUAACAAUGAUCCACACCAGAUCCUGAUUCACGCCAGAUCCUGACUCACGCCAGAUCCUGACUCACGCCAGAUCCUGAUUCACGCCAGAUCCUGACUCACGCCAGAUCCUGACUCACGCCAGAUCCUGAUUCACGCCAGAUCCUGACUCACGCCAGAUCCUGACUCACACCAGAUCACGACUCCCGCCAGAUCCUGAUUCACACCAGAUCCUGAUUCACACCAGAUCCUGACCCACACCGGAUCCUGACUCACACCGGAUCCUGACUCACGCCUGAUCCUGACUCACGCCUGAUCCUGACUCACGCCUGAUCCUGACUCACGCCUGAUCCUGACUCACGCCAGAUCCUGACUCACGCCAGAUCUUGACUCACGCCAGAUCACGACUCCCGCCAGAUCCUGAUUCACGCCAGAUCCUGACUCACGCCAGAUCACGACUCCCGCCAGAUCCUGAUUCACACCAGAUCCUGAUUCACACCAGAUCUUGACUCACACCGGAUCCUGAUUCACACCUGAUCCUGACUCACGCCAGAUCCUGAUCCACACCAGAUCCUGACUCACGCCAGAUCCUGACUCACGCCAGAUCCUGAUUCACACCAGAUCCUGACUCCCGCCAGAUCCUGAUUCACACCAGAUCCUGACCCACACCAGAUCUUGACUCACACCGGAUCCUGAUUCACACCAGAUCCUGACUCACGCCAGAUCCUGAUCCACACCAGAUCCUGACUCACACCAGAUCCUGAUCCACACCUGAUCCUGACUCACGCCAGAUCCUGAUCCACACCAGAUCCUUACUCACGCCAGAUCCUGAUUCACACCGGAUCCUGACUCAAACCAGAUCACGACUCACGCCAGAUCCUGACUCCCGCCAGAUCCUGACUCCCGCCAGAUCACGACUCCCGCCAGAUCACGACUCACGCCAGAUCCUGACCCACGCCAGAUCCUGACUCACGCCAGAUCACGACUCCCGCCAGAUCCUGACUCACGCCAGAUCCUGAUUCACGCCAGAUCCUGACUCACGCCAGAUCCUGACUCCCGCCAGAUCACGACUCCCGCCAGAUCCUGACUCACGCCAGAUCCUGAUUCACGCCAGAUCCUGACUCACGCCAGAUCCUGACUCACACCAGAUCACGACUCCCGCCAGAUCCUGAUUCACACCAACGACUCAGGCAAAGUCUGAAUGUUAACGGGUGCAAUGUUUUUCAUUUCUUGUCCUGUGUGCACAUAUUCUUUCUGUUUAUACAGGUGAAACUCGGAAAAUUAGCAUAUCAUGCAAAGGUUCAUUUAUUUCUGUAAUUCAACUUAAAAGAUAUAACUAAUAUAUUAUAUAGACCCAUUACAUGUGAAGUGAGAUAUUUCAAGCCUUUAUUUGAU